AUGGACUUCGCCCAACGGGUAGAAGAGCGUAAUCAGCUGGUACGCGGGCCCAAGGCCCAAAUGGCUUCAUUUAAUUCCUGGAAUAAGAUUGGCUCGGGUUCUCAAGGGCCUAGGCUAAGGAAUGGAGUGACGUUUGGUGGAGGAUCCAGAACGACAAACAACUCUGUGGCGAUAGGGCGACCUUCUGGAAAUUCUGAGAAGGCCGCAGUUUCGAACGGUGGGGCGGCGCCGUAUCGAAGGCUCACCGAUGCAGAGAUACGAACAAAAAAAGAGAAAGGGUUGUGUUACCGAUGCGACGGAAAGUACUCUUUUAGGCACCGUUGUCCCAACCGAGAAUUGCAAGUGCUCCUUGUGCUUGAAAAAGAAGAGGUUGCAGAGGAACAAGAAGAAGGAGCAGAGCCUGGGGAUGAUGAAGAAGUGGUGGAGCUGUCCCUUAACUCGGUGGUUGGACUCACCUCACCAAAGACCAUGAAACUUAAAGGAGUGCUGCGGGGAAAAGAGGUAACAGUUUUAAUAGAUAGUGGUGCCACGUAUAAUUUCAUUUCUGUCGAUUUGGUGAGAAAAAUGGAGUUAACGGUGGAUAAAAUCGGUGAUUACGGGGUGGUCAUGGGGACUGGAUUAUCGGUUAAAGGGGAGGGCGUUUGCAGGGGAAUUGUGGUUUCCCUGCAAGAUAUAGAGAUAGUGGAGGAUUUUCUGCCCCUAGAGCUAGGAAGUUCAGACAUAAUUCUGGGAAUUCAGUGGCUAGAGACCUUAGGGGUUAUGACGGUGAAUUGGAGAAGUUUGACUAUGAAAUUCAUGGUGGGAAACCGACAAGUGACAUUGAAAGGAGACCCUGGAAUGAAUAGGACCUCAGUGUCCUUAAAAGCUUUGCAGAAGGCUUUUAACAAAGAAGGGCAGAGGAUUUGGCUUGAAUGGAACCACGUGGAAUUGGGUACCUUAGAAAGUCAUUGCAAAAUACCUGAAGAAUUAACAGGGGUGCUUGACCGGAGAGCAUUAGUUUUUGAAAUGCCCGCCGAAUUGCCUCCGGAGCGCGCGAAGGAUCAUGCGAUCGUGCUUAAAAUAGGAACUUCUCUGAUUAAAAAGGAAGAGAUUGAGAAAUUAGUCGGGAAAAUGUUGGCUGCAGGGAUUAUUCGACCUAGUGUGAGUCCAUAUUCCAGCCCCGUGCUUUUGGUCAAAAAGAAAGACGGGAGUUGGCGCUUUUGCGUGGACUAUCGAGCUUUAAAUAAGGAGACGGUGCCAGAUCGUUUUCCUAUUCCUAUCAUUGACGAACUACUCGACGAGCUUCAUGAAGCGACCAUUUUUUCCAAGAUAGACCUUAAGUCAGGUUACCAUCAAAUUAGAGUCAAACCAGAGGAUGGACCAAAAACCGCUUUUCGCACACAUGAGGGACAUUAUGAGUUCUUAGUGAUGCCAUUUGGGCUCACAAAUGCUCCCGCAACGUUCCAAUCACUUAUGAAUGAGGUGUUGCGAGCAUUCAUCCGUAAGUUUGUCUUAGUUUUCUUUGAUGACAUACUUGUCUAUAGCCGGACAUUGGAGGAACAUAUACAUCAUUUGGACCAAGUGUUGGCGGUUUUACAGCAGCACAAUCUUUUCGCUAAUGCGAAGAAGUGCAAUUUUGGCCAGCAGUCAUUGGAAUACUUGGGACACAUUGUCUCGAGUAAGGGCGUGUCAGCCGACCAAACCAAGAUUGACGCGAUGUUGAAUUGGCCCUUUUCGACUACGCUGCGUGAUUUAUGCGGGUUUUGGGGGUUGACAGGGUAUUACAGAAAGUUUGUUGCUAGGUAUAGUCAAAUAGCGGGACCUUUGACAAAUUUACUCCGGAAGGAUGGUUUUCAUUGGACGGAGGAUGCGGAAAGGGCUUUUGCUUGCUUAAAAAGUGCUAUGUCUUUUGUGCCGGUUCUAGCUCUUCCUGACUUCACAAGACCUUUUGUGCUAGAAACGAAUGCUUCUGGAUUUGGCGUGGGUGCGGUGUUAUUACUCGGGGAGAAGAUGAGCUGGCAUGUUCAGUGGCUGAGCUGGCCAUUUUCGGGGGAAGUUAGAUUGUUUGUUAAGGGGAGUUAG